AGGGCAACAGUCAUCAUGGCUUCAUACAAGUACAAGUCUCUCUUCAUUCUCCUCUCGGCCGUCAUGACUGCGAGCGCGCAGCAGUAUAAGCUUGUAAAGAGCUAUGACAGGUCAACCAACUUUUUCGACUUUUUCGAAGUUCGGGAUCGCACGUUUUUCAACAACCUCGGAUAUGGUACAGGCGACCCUACAAGUGGCUUUGUGGACUAUGCCACCAGGCAGGAGGCGCUCAACAGCGGCUUGAUGGCGUACCGCGGCAACCAGAUGUACAUUGGCGUCGACAGCACCAACAAGGUUCCGGUCAACGGCAGGGGCCGCAAGAGCGUACGACUUGAAUCUCGCGAGACAUUUAGCGGAGGGCUGCUGCUUGCCGACAUUGCCCACAUGCCCGGGAAUGCUUGUGGUGUUUGGCCUGCUCUCUGGGCAUAUAACAUGAACGAGGACCCCAUCAGCGAGAUCGAUUUCCUCGAGGGCAACGGAUGGACAGGGCAGGCUGAGAACACCGUCUCGCUGCACACGUGUGGCAGGUGUACAUUCCCCAACCUCAAGGGCCCGGAGCUGAGGAGGGACUGUGAGCUCAAGGGAUGCGAAGGGACGCCGAGCAAUCCUGCUGGCUGCGGUGUCAAUGGAGCAAAAGGUUCGUUUGGCACCGAGUUCAACAAUGGCGGCGGCGGCAUCUACGCUCUCCUCCUCGACACCACGGGUAUCCGGGUCUGGUUCCUGCCGCGGAACAAGAUCACGUCCGACAUCACAUCCGGGAGGCCCAACCCGUCGCUGUGGGGGACUCCACAGGCCGACUUCCGGUCCAGCUCGUCCUGCAACGUGGGCAAGACUUUUAAGGACUUGACGAUUAUCAUCAACACAAGCUUCUGCGGCGCCAUCAUGUACGACUACAAGGCGCAGAUGGAGGGCUACCCGCAGUGCGGCUCGGCGUCGGGCGGUUCGUGCAACGCCUACGUGGGCGCCAAUCCGCAGGCUUACAAGGAGGCCUACUGGCUGUUCAACUCUAUCAAGAUGUACAAAUAG